GGGAAAAGAGAAAGGGUUACGCAUGUUUCGAAGACGAUUUUUUAGUCCAUCGCAAUUAGGGAAUUAGUGUAACACGCAAUGAAAUUUUGGGUUUUUGUCUUUUGUGUUUUCGGCGUUAACGGCCAAAACAGGGAAGAGGGAACACUGGAAUAUAAACUGAAUGGCAUGGAAAUUAUUUCCUUGAACGAUGUCGCGCCAACACCGAUUGAUUCUGAAAAUCAAGAUGCUGCGAAUAAUUCAAACCCUUCCAGUCAACCAAUAGACCGCAAUGAAGAUGAAAGUUUCAUUGUAAAGAGAUUGAUUGAAAUGUUGAUGCAAGCAACAGCCGGUACCGCUGAAAAUUCAACUGAGACUGCCAUUUCAGUGGAUAAUUCAACUGAAGUUGCGCCCCAUACAACCAAUCCGGCAAAUGUUCUCAUACAACAGUUGCAAUCCCUACCGCAUCCCGUAAUUGAUCAACUGCUUCAGUUGUUAAACGUUUCUUUUUCGAAUGAGACCACCGAAUACGAAGGUACAACCCCACACGCAAUUGACAAUGACAUCGACAGUAUAGAAUCUACAACCGUUAUGGAAAAGACUGCAAGAUCCGCUAACCCCGAACCUUAUUUUUUGCCUGUUGCUAUCUUUAGCAAUAGUUCGUCGGGAUCGCAAGUGGUUUCCAGCUCAAAUACGUCGACGCCUUUGCCGAACGUUACCGCAUCCACCACUUCCCCGCCGACGACUAUGACCUACAACAGAUACGAUGCAGGAUCAGACAACGUCAAAGAAGGAUACAUCCCCGAUUAUUUCGUUUUUGCAGUUCUUCGAAACGGUACAAUAAUUCGGAAGCGACCGAAUCGCGUUGUUCCCAACGUAUUUUAUAUGUUUUUGGAGGACGGUACUUUGAUACAGAAAUUUCCAAAUGGCAGUACGUCGGUGGUACCAUUGGCUCCCGUUAUUCAAGUUACUGGGUUUGAUACCCGUGAAUUUCCUGCGUCUGAAAAUGGAAACGAAACGAAAUCCUCCCUCGUAAACAUGACAACGGUUGAACCGGAAUCCACUCCUAGCUCCUUCGAAAUUCGUCUAGGCGUCGAGGAUGCUACCGAAACAGUAGGUGAUGUGAACACAACCCAGACAACAUCAAGCUCUGAAGGAUCAAUGGAAACAACCCAAGCGAGCACUACACCUCUUUCAACAACAGCCAGCGUGAAGAGCACUACUUCGACUUCACCAACAACAAGAGGCGAAGAAAUGACUGCGCCUCCAUUCACUAAUCCCAUUGAAAGCGACGAUGGAGAAUUGGUGAUCACGGAAGCAGUAACGUCACCUACGACGCUAAUGGGCAAUGGUUCUACGCUCCCGUUACCUUCAGGUAGAUCGAUUGAUUUGUCAAUUGCUGGCCCUUUGUUAAUAAACACAACGUCUGCAACAACUCAGCAUUUGCCCGGAAACUUCCAUUUAAAGGACGAGGAAAAACGUGACUUGCUGCUAAUUGAAUCGCUCAUCAAAAAGCAACAAGCCGUCUUGGAACAAUUAACCACGCUAACCAAACUGAGAAUAGAGAAUGCCCAACCUCAACCGUCUGAAUCGCUGGCGCAGAGGGUUAUAUCGUCGGUUGCGGAUAUGACAACAACGUCCGUUGAGCCAAGCUCGCCCUCCACCACUUCGUCGCCCUCUACAGUAACGCCCGCCCAACCGACGCACCAAGACAAAAAGAAAGAACCUCCAAUAACUCGGAAGCAAAUUCAACUUUUAAUACAGCAACUGGAAGCAAUCCGGAAAAAUCCCGCCCAAGUUAAGAAGCUCGAUUUGAGCGCGCUCAAAAAAUUGCAAAAAUUUGAGAACGUAAUGACGAUGAAGACGCCUAGACAGAAGAGCGUACACGUAACUAAUGAUACCAAACGAAUCGAUUUGUUACAAGCCCCCGAAAUACGGGCGCAACUAUCGGAUUAUGCCGUAAACAUUUCUAAAGCGAUAUCUUCGUUUUUCGGAUCUGCACUUCAGGAUGCGUCCGAAAAAUUCGUAAGUUCCCUCAGAAUGAACUCGUCAGAAAUACUUUCGGGUCUUACGGCUGGUUGAUGGGACAAAAGUGGGAGACUUGAGCAUCAAGUAUGUCUGCAAUUUUUAGGAGAAUUCCAGAAGUGUAACUAGAAAUGCCAAAAAGUUCUUUUUAAUAGAAAUAAUUAAAUUCAA